GGUGCCGUAUUUAAAUCAGCGCGAGCAGCGCGUGUUGUGACGUGGCCGAGCGCGCAGCUGGACAUUAAAGAGGAUAAAAGCGGCUGUCCGCGGGUCGUUAAGCUCUUUUGGCGAAAACAUAUUGGCAGAUAUCGUGUUUGUGAGUUUCCCUUGUCGGUGACCGGUUCAGGAAUGAUUUCAGCACCGCGGACAGCGACGGACCGAACAAAACUCCCGUACUGUCACGAGUCUUUUCAUAACCUUCAGGAGUUGAGACACAGCGCAUCUCUAGCCAACAAGGUCUUCAUUCAGAGGGACUACACUGAUGGCACCAUAUGCAAGUUCCAGACCAAGUUCCCCUCCGAGUUAGACAGCAGGAUUGAGAGGACCCUGUUUGAGGACACGGUGAAGACGCUGAAUAAUUACUACGCCGAGGCGGAGAAGAUCGGAGGCCAGUCGUACCUCGAGGGCUGUCUGGCCUGCCUCACGGUUUACCUCAUAUUCCUCUGCAUCGAGACACGCUAUGAGAAGGUGCUGAAGAAGAUCUCGCUGUACAUUCAGGAGCAGAAUGAGAAGAUCUACGCUCCAAGAGGUCUCCUCAUCACAGACCCUUUAGAGAGAGGCAUGAGGGUCAUUGAGAUCAGUGUGUAUGAGGACCGUGGCUCCAGCGGCUCAAGCUCAGGAAGCAGCACAACCAGCAGCAGCGGACGAUGAUUCACACACACACACACACUGUAACAUUCACCCGUCCACACGCCUUCAUACUGACGCCCGCUGAC